AUGUCAACAGAAAAAAAAAUUAAAUCUGUCUCUCUAACCGGCGACCAAAAACAAACAAUUAUAGAUUUUAUGGAGUCGCAUCCUCACCUCGCCAAAGGUAAGUUUAGUGCCUCAUUUACCAAUGAGAAAGCGACUAAUCUAUGGCAAGAACUUACAGCAUCGUUAAACAGUAUACCGGGACCAAUCAAAGAAUGGAAAUAG